GAGCCCCCCGGAGCCCCCCGGAGCCGCGCUGGGCCCCGCCGUGCCCGGCAGGUGGAGCAGCCGAGCCGGCCCCGGGAAUAAAGUCGGGAGAAGGAGCGGGGGAAAACGCGAGCGGGAUGGGGCGGCCGGCGCGGGGAGGGAGCGCGUAGGGGCGGCAGCGGCGAGAGAACAAAGAGCUCGGGGCUGCUGCGCCCACACGCGACUCGCGGGGAGACGCCUCGCCUGGAGAAGGGCUUGGCGAGGCACCACCUCAUCCCGCCGCUCCCUCCCUGCCUGCCUUCCCUCCCAUGCUGGAGGCGAGGAGGGCUCCUGGGAGCGCGGAGCCGCGGGAGAAGCCGCGGGAGAAGCGCCGGGGUGCGCGGGGGGUCCCGCCGGCCCUGCCCGCCCCGCGCCCCGCACGCUCCGCUCCCCCCCGCAACCCCCGCAGCGCCCGGUGAGAUUCCGCAGGAAAUUUAAAGAGCAUCCGGAUCCGGAGAAAAGACAGAAAGAAAGAGGAAGGGAGAAAGAAACCCGAAACGCGCGGAGAGAGGGAGGGAGAGAAGAAGAGCGAGCCCCGCGGGGCGGCUGGAGGAGGGAGGACGGGAGAGACGCGACGCCCGCCGGGGAUGGGGAAAUGAAUCCCUGUGGAGGCAACACCAAAAAGGAGCCCCAGAGCCUCUAGGAGACACACCUGAGGAGGAGCUGUUGGAGGAGAGGCCCAAACUAACUCCACCAGCUAACUAACACCCUUACUAACCAAUGUCAACAACUAGGGAGCAGCCCAUCUUCAGCACCAGGGCCCACGUUUUCCAGAUCGACCCGGCCACCAAGCGGAACUGGAUCCCGGCCAGCAAGCACGCCCUGACCGUCUCCUACUUCUACGAUGCCACGCGCAACGUGUACCGCAUCAUCAGCGUGGGGGGCACCAAGGCAAUCAUCAACAGCACCAUCACCCCCAACAUGACCUUCACCAAGACCUCCCAGAAAUUCGGGCAAUGGGCCGACAGCCGAGCCAACACCGUGUACGGGCUGGGCUUCGCCUCGGAGCAGCACCUGUCCCAGUUCGCAGAGAAGUUCCAGGAAGUGAAAGAAGCAGCUCGUUUGGCCAGGGAGAAGUCCCAGGAUAAAACAGAGCUGACCAACCCUGCCCUGAACAUCACAUCCCACCAGGUACUUCCCAGCCCCAUCAUCAGCUCCAAUGGGCCAGGAGAGGAUAAACUCUUCCGCAGCCAAAGCGCCGACGUGGAGAUCGCGACGGAGAAGGAGCGGCUGAAGAAGAUGCUGUCGGAAGGCUCUGUCAGUGAGGUGCAGUGGGAAGCCGAGUUCUUCAGCCUCCAGGACAACAACAGCAAGCUGGUGGCUGCCCUGCACGAGGCCAACGCCAACGUGGACCAGUGGAAGAAGCAGCUCUCGGCCUACCAGGAGGAGACGGAGUCGCUGCGGCAGAGGGUGGCGGAGCUGGAGUCGCAGGGGACCCACGAUUCCUCCAGCGAGAACAACAAGGAGGAGCUGAGCCAAACCCUGGAGGAGCUGGAGCUGCUCAUCAAGGCUAAGGAUGAGGAGAUCCAGAUGCUGAAGAGCCAGAAGUGUGGCCGCUGGGAAGCCGAGGGGGAGCGGGAGGAGACGCUGCAGAAGCUGCAGGAGCUGGAGGCCCGGAACGCCGAGCUGGAGCAGCGGCUGCAGCUGGCAGAGCAGAGCCUGGCGGAGAGCCUGGCAGAGAGGGAGAAGCUGCAGAGUGAGGUGACCAAGGUGGCCGAGAUCAUGGACGUGAAGAUCUUCGAGCUCAGCGAGAUCCGGCAGGGACUGGCCAAGCUGGUGGAGAGCAACUGAGGCAGCAGAGCCCUCGGGGUUAGGGGCAGCCCUGGGCUGGGACUGGCCCCCCCUUCCCACUGACCCAGAGCAAUCACAGCCACCCCGUGGGCAGGGUUUGCCACCGUACCAGCAGCUGCCUGGGCAGCGUGGGGACCGGCCAGCCCACCCACUGCCCACCCACACGAGGGCAGGGAGGAGCUGAGCCCCCCAGGGAGCUCCCAAAGGCCUGGCCAGCCCUUCUCCAGCCCCUGCCGUGGCUGUGGCGUGGCCCAGAGGGGACCCUCCUGCUGCCCUGCCAGCCUCCCUCCUGCCACACUGUGUCCCCCGGGGUUUUUACACUUUUCUAAGGGGAAGGGGCUGAGCAGCCUUUGUGGUUUUUUGGGUUUUUUUUGUUUGUUUGUUUGUUUGUUUUUCCAGUAGUUUGUUUUUGUUUUUUUUUUUUAGGAAACCACUUGCCUUUUGCAAGUCAGCUGCCUGUUUCCCCACCUGGGGAGGGAGGGAGGAGAGGUUCUAGCACACCUGGGACAAAUCUCUCCUUUUUUCUUCUUCUUCUUCUUCUUCCUCCCCAGCCCAAAGUCUUUCCAACAGGAUCCAGCAACUCUGCUCACUGUCAGGAGCAUCCCUGCAGAGAAGGGGCCUUGUGUCCUUCCCACUGUUCACUCAUCCUCCAGAGGGAAAAAGAACAGCAGGUUUUAAAGCCUCUGUUAGUUUAACACGGUGGGAUUUAAGGGCUCCUUCAAACCUUCAGCUGAGCAGAGCUGCAGGCUUUGGUUUGGGAAAAGGACAUCCCCCAGGGCACGGCCACCAAAGCUGCUGGAUUGGCAUCUCUCCGGGCCUCUGAGGGCUGCAGUUAAUUGAAAUUAAAUGGAGCAAGUCACAGUUGCUCUCUUGGUUCCUCCUUUUGUUUUUUUUUUUUGGGGGGGGGGGCCUUUUAUAUCGGGAAAGAGCCCCCAGGGCCGCCCUGCUCCUUCAGCUCUCCUUGGGAAGGGGACAGGUCCCGGCUUGCCCUGCUGAAAGCAGAGCAGGAGUCACUUGGGAGCAGCUGGGACUGUGCCCUGAGGGGCCCGUGGGGAGCCUGGGAGUUAUCCCAGAUGCUGUCUGGUCACGGGAAUCGAGCAAGGCCCGCGGGAUCCGUGGAUUGCCGUGUCCCCUGGCAGCUGUGGGAGCGGCUGAGCAGUGUCUGGCUGUGCCUGUGACCUUCCACGAGUGUCCAUGGGUUUGGAGGGGUUUUUGGGGGUUUUUUUUUUCAGCCUCUUUGCCACUGUAAGUCAGGCAAAGAGCAGCAAUCCCGGGAAUGUUCCCCGUGGAGCCGGGGAGAGGCUCUGCCUCUGCCCUCCCUCUCCUGCUGACCACGGAGGAACCUGCAGCUUCCACUCUGCCUGCAAGUCAGGGCAGGAUUCGGGGCUGGCACCUUGGGAAUCUGCUGGAGUGGAGGACUGCUGGUGACUCUCUGCAAAGCCCUCCCCUUUCCCAGGAGGGAGUGAGGAAACGUGGAGGUUUCCAGACCUGCUUAGCCAGGGAAGAGCUUUUCUGGGUUUGGGGUUUUUUUGAUUUUUUUUUUUUUUUUUUGGGAAGAGGGGAGUUAUUUAGUUUUUAUUUUAUUUUAAUUUUUGUUGCAUGAAGUGUUCUCACAACUGUCUGGGGCUGGAGCUGCUGUAGUGAGGUUUGUUCCGGGGUAUUUAAAGAGGGAAGGGAGCAACUGGGUGGCAAAAAGUUUUUCGGGAUUGAUUUGCUUCCCACCCCGUGCCAGUGUUGAUAUUUUAUUCCCACAGGAGCAGCCUUCUUUUGAAAUAGAGAUCAGCUCCGAGCAA